AUGGGGGAAAUAUUUAAAGGAAGUGAAAUCAUUAGUACUGAAGAUAAAACGUUCGAAGAAAGUAAAAAUGUUCCAAUGGUCCCUGCAAAUGAUAAUUUUUUAAUUAAAAGUGAAUCAUUACUAAAAGAUGAAGAUAAUAAUAAUUCUGAUGUUGAUGAACAAACAUUUCUCGAUCGAACUUGUGAAGUUUGUAAUAAAACAUUGCUCCGAUGUAAUUUAAAUCAACAUCAAAAAUUGCAUGCAGGGGAAAAACCAUUUCCAUGUGAUGUUUGUAAUAAGACAUUUGCUCGACAAGAACAUUUGAAUCGACAUAAACGAACACAUACAGGAGAAAAACCAUUUUCUUGUCUACUUUGCAAAAAAGCAUUUGCUGAUAAAGGUGAUUUACAUAAACAUGAACGAAUUCAUACCGGAGAAAAACCGUUUUCUUGUGAUAUUUGUAAUAAAAGAUUUUCACAGAAAGGUCAAGUAAAUAUACAUAAACGUAUACAUGAAAAACCUUUUUCAUGUGAAAUUUGUCGUAGAUCGUUUACUGAACAAAUUGAUUUAGUUAAACAUAAACGAAUUCAUAAAGGAGAAAAAGAUUUUUUGUGUGAAAUUUGUAGUGAAACAUUUACUCAAAAAGGUCAUUUAAUACGACAUAAUAAACGAAAACAUAAAUAGUACUGUAGGAAACGAAGCAUUUGACUAAAGAAAAAUCUCGCGAUUCGAUAGAUUUUUCUGGAGGCUGGUGGAAAAUGUUUUAAUCCAAUUAAUCUACGAAACGGAUGACAAAAUUGCUAUCAGACAACAAAAAAUACGUUGUUUUAGAAGAAAACAGACCAAAAAUCAUACAAGCACGGAUCCAGGCCCUCAAAAACAAAGCCCUGACCAAGAUUUUGUACAGUGUAUUUGUAAAUUAUUAUAAACUUAUCAAAUGGUAAUUUGUUCGUUCACAAAAAUUACAAAAGUAAAUGUGCGUGUUUACGCAUUACAAUGUCACUAAACUACUGAACCAAUAUUGAUAAAAUUUUUUAAUGAAAUUAAUAAGAGGGAAGAUUUAAAAAUCAAACUUUUAACUUCAAAUCAAAUUA